AUGGCACCGCGACUGGCUUUCAUGGACCUUUCGGUCGAUAUCAAGACGUUGAUCGUCCAGCAUAUCAACCGCCCAACCGACCUCAAGAACGUCUGCCUCACCUGCAAGCAACUCCACGAGAUCGCCGUUCGUCAACUCUACUACGAAGUGACCCUCGAUGUCGGUUCAUCCCACGAUACCCGCCUUGCGGCCUUCCUCAACCCUAAGAACAUUGGCCUACAACAUGUUCGGAAACUGGACCUCUACCUCGCGGACGUUCUGGAUAAAUGCAAUCAGCAGCAACAAGCCAACUUUGCUAUCCGCAUGAUCUUGGAACUGCUUCCGGAGAACCAGCUAGAGAAGUUCUCGUGGCAUCCGUGGUCUCCGUUUUCGGGUGACAACCUGGUGUUACUGUACAGGAAACAGAAGCGCAUGCGAUGGCUGGAGAGCAUUUCGCUCGACCGCAAUGUUCUUCCCGAACUCCAGAAGCUGCCGAACAUUGAGGGGUGCUUCAAGGAAGUGCGCAAGCUUGGAUUGUACCCGGAUUCACGGGAGGUGCUAGACUUUUGUCACUUCUUGCUGAAGAACGUGGCUGGUCGCAAACUGGAGAAGAUUACGCUGCAUGCGAGCUUCGAUGAGAUGGAUCCGACCGUCACGACGCGCGAACUAAACGAUACCGUCAAUGAACCUGGACUCAUAACUUCGACCAUGUUCAGCCACAUGCAGCCGUUCGCGAAGUGCACUCCAAUCGCACUUAACGAGAUCACGCUGCAGAAGCUACAUUUGCGCUACGCAGCAGAGACAUACUGCAAGUUGAUUGACUUCCAGUCCAUCAAGAGCAUCCGUAUCUUUGGCUGCUCCGGUGCUGACGCUCUCUUCGCCGAACUCAGCAAGAGCACAAAGCUCCCUGAUAAGCUAGAAACCCUCGAGUUCAAACAUGACGAUAACGCCGAGAAUGACGGUCUAGGCGCUAUCGACGGAUUCCUUUGCCUCGUUUCAGGCAUCAAGACCCUUACUCUCGACCUCACGUACGUCAAAGCUCUACCGGCCGCCGCAGGUAUCGUGCGCCACAGCAAGACACUAAAGAGCCUCAACGUCCACGCGAGCACCGGCCCAGACAUGUGCGACGAAGAACUCAUCUACGACUACGCCUCGUUUUCUUCCAUUUGCAAAGAAUGCACCCUCCUCGAACAAAUCUCUGUCGCCUUCCCCAGCGUCAGCGUCAUCCGCAGUAAAAACGAUAGUUUUGUCAACUUUGAGAACUGUCUGGGUGAUCUACCACAAUUAGCAACUUUGAACAUCACUACCUGGCCUACCAACAGUCCUUCAUCGACUAAGCUGCCACGCAAGAUUUACGAACAUUUGCUUGCUGGGUUGGCACAGCAGGGAUUUGAGAGGAGCGCAAGUAAUGCGAAGGAGAAGAGCGGGAGUAGUAAGUUGGGCAUUAUUGCGUUCGGGUCGAGUGAUAAGGUUUAUGAUCGGGAGGAUAGUGAGAACCAGAUCAUCUUUGUCAAAGGCCGCCAAAUCGAUCCCCUAGGCAAUGAGACUUCAACGGCGAACUACGGCUACGCCAUGACUUCUUCUCCGCAUGCGUCGCAGUAUGCUGCACCACCAGACGGCCAGGACCCGCAUAAUUACACGCCCUUGUAUCCCAACGGGCAGGUUCUGGACGGUCAGGCACCACCGCGCAUCGCUUACCCGCAAGAAGCCGCCUACCCGAAGCUCGAGAAUAUCAACGAGGUGCUCCAGGCGCAACAGGCUCUCCAAGCGAAUCAUGUCCUGAAUCCUCCGCUGCCCCAACAAUCAAAGCCGAACCGCCUGCGCAAAGCCUGCGAUUCAUGCAGCAUACGCAAGGUCAAGUGCGAUGAAUCGGGGCCGCCGUGUAGAGCUUGCCUAGCUCUAGAAAUCCCGUGUACUUUUGAGCGCCCGAGCCGACGACGCGGUCCGCCUAACAGACAUGCCGAAGCGAUCAAGAAGCGAAGGAUUGGCGAUGUAGACUCUGGCUCGUCGAAUCCGCAGUCUCCCACCAAUGCCGCCCAUGCGCUGGCCCAGCUGCAGUCGUCGCAUCCGACCCAGCUCUCCGCCGAAGAGAUAUGCGCCCUCCCCACACUCAACGCCCUCAUCGACGAUUUCUUCACAUACAUACACCCGUUAUGUCCCUUUCCUCACGAGCCGUCGUUUCGCGAAGCAUGGGGCCAGAGAGAGGACUUGUCGAAUCCCUCGUUCCUGGCGCUGCUGGCGUCCAUGAUCGCCGUCCUGGUCGCUUCCUUCCCUCGAAAACCACGCCUACACCUCAAUACACAGACGCGACGCGAAUACCCAAAUCAUCUCUCCUUGGUCGACAAGUGUAGAGAUGUGUGCGCGCGGGCGCGCGGGCCAGGCUAUCUUGAUCGGCCGUCUUUGAAUGUAUACGACGCGUGUACCAGCUACUUCCUGGGCUUGACUGGAGCCUACGUAUUCCAGUGGCGGCAACUACGGCUUUAUUUGGCCGAGUGCCUAACUAUCAUACGGUCAUUGGGUCUCCAUAAACACGAGGCUCAGGGUUAUACCUAUCUUGGUGGCAUGCCGCAUGCGUGGGGCUCGAAUGGACCCAACUACGAUGGCUCGAGAGAGUUCAAAGUAGACUAUAUCACCGAGGAGAUUGGCCGACGUGUGUUCUGGACGGUGUUUGUGGGCGUGCGAACCAUACAACAACUAGGCGCUUCGUUCGGAGAGUUGAUGAUUCCGCCCGCGACACCUACCGAGCCUCUCCCACCACUGCCCCGCGAAGUCGACGACGUACACAUCUUCCCAAACGAGAUUCAACCACAGCGCGAAGGAGUCGUCUCCAUGAUCACUGGUUUCAACGUCAACGUGCGCAUCUACCUCUCCUACUCAUCGCUAGCAACGGCGGAGAUGGCAUUCGGCAUAGACGAGAUAUUCGACUGGGACCGACAACAACAAAUCUUCGCACAGAGCUUGCAGCGCUGCCGGCAGAUCCUAGAGAGCCUCCCCGAAGUCCUCAAAGUGCAACCGAAAUCCAGCAAAGACAGCGGUCUCGAACAACAAAAACCCUACUACCCACCCAUGCCAGAGUACUCUGGAAUGCGAGAUCCUACCUUGGACAGUUACCAAAAGACAGAUAGCCACGACAUGCGACGCUACGAAAUUCAGAAAGCAAAUAUAUACGCCAGCCACCUGUCUACUCGCUCACACCUUGUGGAAAAGUGCUUUCUCCAACUAGACAAGUACCAAAGAUCGAUGGGCCAGGCUCCUGCACAACCCAGCACCAACGCUCUCGCGGCAGGAAUCGAUAGGUUUGUAUCCGGAACCACCACCAACGCGGAAGUCCUCGAAAAAGCAAUGUCAGAAGAACGCGAACAAGUGGUCAAAGACCUCCUGGUAGUACUGGGCAGCAUCGACAUGGUCAACAUGGAGCCAAACGGCGACUCCUUUGUAAGUUUAUACGUUUACUUGCAGAAUUCAGAUUUCCUAUAUCAACCUUCAGACGACAACGAGUUUAUUCUCUCCAUGUCAACCCACGACUUCUUUCGCAAAAAUACAAUCAGUCCGAUCGCAAGCUUACGGUUCUUCCCUGCGCAGACUCAGAAGAUACGCAGUAUUGCCAGUACCCUCUUGGAAGUCCCCAAAGAGCGGCGUGGCAGUGUUGCACUACAGCACCAAGACUACCUUUACAAGUUCCUCGAUAUAUUGAGUAAGUUGGAGAGGGUGAGUCCGGAGGGGAGUGAGCCGAAUGGUGGAGGUGCGUUGGACGAAGAGAGUGAGUUGAGACUAUGGGCGGACUUGAGGGACCAUCAGUUGAGGUUUCAGGAACAAGGAGGCGUUUAUGGGUUUUCGUAA